CGCCCCUUUCAGAAUACAAAAGCCCAAUAAAUUGUUUCAGAAAUUUGGGGAGUAAUUCGACCCGAAAUUGAUGAUCUGAAAAUGGAAUCUAACCAAACCCUAGUUCCAGAGAAGGAAGAGAAGAAUCAGCAGAAUUCCGACGAUAACAGAGCAGAACAAGAUGGAGAAGAAGCUGAAGAACAACAACAACAAAGAGGGGAAUGUGGUGAUCACGGGAAUGCGGAAUCUCAAACAUCAUCGUCAGUAAAUGGCAAAGAAAUUCUGAAAGCAAUCGAAGUUGUAGAGAGAGAUUCUAUGGCGAUCGCUCAUAGCUACACUUCACUUUUUGCUUCUCUUCGGUCAGCUUUAUCAGAGGUUACUAGUACUUCUGUUGAUCACAUGAAAUGCUUUGGUGAUGCAGCAGGACGAGUUCAAGAAUGCGCACUCGAUGCAGCAACUAAAGGAAACCGUUAUAUAAACUCUUGCUUAAGAUUGAAUGAGGAAAUGAAAGGAAUUGAUAAUCUUGCAACACAGCUAAAAAUCAUCCGGAGAAAUGUAGAUGCAUUGGACUCAGCUGUAAAUAGGCUAGUUCGUUUUCCAUGAGUGUAUCUGUCUUGAUGUAUGAUGUCGAGGAGGUGAACUGCACAUAUUGUCUGGUGCCACCACUGAUACUUUAUUUACCAAUGAGAUGCCAGUUAAGUCUUGCUUCUUUGAAGGUUUAAGAAUAAACAGUGUAUAAUCGAAUGAAUUUCCAGGCUGAUACAUUUUCUAACCCAUAUAAAGCUUUCACCAUUGUUGCUUUUCCUUA